AUGGAGAUGGCUCUCCCGGUAGCCUCUGGAGUCAACCAGCAGCCGCUUCUGCCGCCGCAGGCGCUGCAGAAUCAACACCAGCGUCAGCCAAUCAGAAAGAAGUUGUCAAGAGACCGAGGCGCGAAGUUGAUUGAGAGAGCGGUGAGAGCCGAGAGAGAGGGUACGGCGGUGCUUAGGCAGUCGUCGGAGCAGCAGGGUCAGGAGCCCGCGGGUUGCGAGGGUGGGAGGCAGCGCGAGGAGCAUUCUGGGGAGAUGGUACCGGCUGUAGCAGGGGAUGUGAUGUUAGAGGGGAUGAGUGUAGCGGAGAGAGGUUGUGGCGACGGUGGGGAAGCAAGGAGCGUGGAAAUAAAGGAGGAGGAACAGGAGUGGGUGGUGGGGGAAGGGGAAGAGGCGAAGGAAGGGGAGGAGCGGGAGGAGGCGGGAGAUAACAGUAGGCAGAAGCAGGUGCAGGAAGAAAGGGAAGAGGAGGGGAGAGUGAAGCAGGAGCAGGGGCUGUCGAGCACAGGCUGUCAGAAUCAGCAGGAGGGGAUUGCUGAGGCGAGCAGACACGUGCAGGAUGGCACGCACGUGGCUGCGUUGGAGGGCGAAUGGGGCGAGGGCGACGGCGAGCAGGUUGUGUACAGGCUGUGCAGGGUGGACCCGGUUGACCCCGUUGACUCCGUUGACUUUCUUGACGCCGUGCCCAUAUCGGAGCGCGAGCUGGAGGAGCUCCAGGCGUGGAUGCUCCGCCAUGCGCCCGACGCGCUCGCCCUGCCCCUGCCGCCCGGAGCGCUGGGGGCUGCGGGGGAGGCGGACAUGGCGGAAUGGCCAUUGGGGGAAGGAUUAGGGUUGGCGGAGGAAGGCGGCGCGGACGAGCCCCCCCUGCCGUCGCCGCCACUUCUCUGGCGGAGCGGGGAGGUGGGAGUGAUAGGAACUGGGCAGCCACGUGGCAGGUCGCUAUUGGCCAGAGGGCAGGAACGAGGGGAAGGGCGGAUAGGGAGAGGCGUGAAGGCGGAACUAGGGUUCGGGCUGGAUGACGCGAAGAGUGGGCGGGACGGCCGCUCGAGUCAAUCGAAUCCCCGUGGGGCUGUUAACGGAGUGCUUGCUCCGGCAGCCAAUGAGACGAGGACAGGUGUGCACGCGCGUCAAGAGUUUCUGGAUUUUCUCCUGACGGAGAUUUCGCACCACGAGCUCGCAGUGGGGCAGAGUAGUGCAACCCCCCAACACCAUCCCCGCGCCGACCUCUCCGCCCCUGACUCUCUCCCCCCUCCGCUCCCCCCAUCCCACCAUCCAGCCCAUGAUCAUCACCAUCCCCCCUUCCUCUCCGCCCCGCGCUCCUUUCCCGCUCAUGGGCGGGUGGGGCGGCCAAGGGGAGCUCUGGGCGGGGUGCGGGGGAGGAGGGGGAGAGGUAGGGGCGUGGGAAUGGCUCGGCGCGCUGCUGACGGGGACGCGUUGGGGACGCCCACUGCAGCCGGCGCAAUAGUUAUGGGGGCGGGGGAGGAGCAAGGGGCGGAUGGCGGAGCACAGGGGGCGGGGGAGGAGAGGGAGGAGGGGGAGGGAGCCAGCGCUGGGGGAAGGGCGAGGGUGGGGCGCCGCAGCAGGAUGCGGAUGGGGGGACGGGGGACGGACGAGGAGGUGGUGCGGAGGGGUUGGGGGGCUGCGCAUGCUCUGUCAGCGGGGGAAGCAGGGGCGCACGGCGGGGCAGUAGGGGGGACGGAGGAAGGAGCAGAUGGAUUGGAGCGAGAUGGUCAAGAAGCCGGGCUAGGGGGGCACGGGCUAGGGUUAGGGUUAGGGUUAGAGGGAGGAGCGUGGGAGUGGUUAGGUUCUGGUGGAUGGCCCACUCGGCCUCGCAGCAGACGAGGUCAUGCAGGUCAAAUAGGUCAAGCUGGGCAGACGGGUCAACGGAGUCAACGCAGUCAACGACCACCUGCUGCCACAGCCGCUGAUCCGCCUGCUGAGGUGGGCCGGGCAGCUAUGGGGCAGUCAACAACGGGGGGGAAUGGCGCCAGUGGGCGCGCCUCAGCAAGCGCACUCCUUGGCGCUGCCCCACACCCGUCCAGCCCGCGCCAUCUCCGCUCCUCCCCCAUUGUUUCCGCCCCUGCUUCCCCCGUUGCACUGGCUAGAGGGGCGCAAGGGGGGGCGCAGCCGGCGGAGGAGGGCAGGGGGAGGAGAGUGAGUGCGCGGCGGGGCGGUGGGCGGCAGGCAGCAGCGCUGCAGGCCAAGGUAGAGCCGGGGGAGGUGUCUUUUGAGACUGCCACUGUGGCUGCGGCAGUGAGUGGCGCUGCUGCUGCAGCAGGAGGGGGAGCGGCGGUUGCAGGCGUGUCUGCUGCUCCUGCUGCGGAGGCAUCCGCGGGAAGGGGCGCGCGGAGUGGGAGUGAGGCGCAUCAGGUGGCGCAACAGGGCGGAGAGGCUACGGAGCGGGGGAGAGGGGGAGGAAAGAGGCGGAGAUUGCAGUCUGGGUGGCGGGCAAUGGGGGAAGGGAGAGUGAAGCGGGAGGGGGAGGGACGAGGAGAGGCUGAAGAGGCAGAUGGAAUUGGGGAGGGAGUGCGGGAGGGGGGUGAGUAUAUAGUAGCAGAUGGUGCAGGGGAGGGUGGAGGAGACGAGGCGAGAUCAGAGCGAAUGAGUGAUGACGCGGACGACUCUGGUGCUUCAGGGGCUGAUUAUGCCGAAGAUGCUGCAGUGGGUGCACACGCAGACGGUGGUGCUGCCGCUGCCAGCGCUGCUGCGGAUGCGCGUGCGUCUGUGGACGGCGCUGGAGCAGGGGAGUGGAAGGAGGCAGGGAGCAGGGUCGCACGUGGAAAGGGCGUGAGGGCGGGACGAGGAAGAGGCAGAGGCAGAGGGCGGGGCAGGUGGAAGGUGGAGGGGCGGCUGGGAAGGGAUGUGCCCGGGAGAAGGGCGAGGAGUAGGGAGAAAGGGGCGGUUGGAGAAGCUGGGUUGAAAAGCCGUGUGGGUGGAGAAACAGAAGCAGGAGAGGAAGAAGAAUCUGGCUGGGCGAGUGACCUGAGGGAAGGGAAGGGAGCAGAGGAGGAGAGAGUGGGGGAGGAGAGAGGGCAGUCAGAAGGAGCGAGGGAGGUGCAAGAGAUCAGUGCCGGGCGAAAUGGGAUGGAAGGGGAAAGUAGGGGCAGGGGUGAGGCAGGCGAAGGGGCAAGUGAGGUAGAGCAAGGGAGAGUGGGUGAAAGGGAGGGCGUGAGCGGGGCUGUGGCCCCUUCGGUGUCAAGGCAGCUGAGGCUGCAGCGACGGCAGAUGAUUCAGAAGCAGUGGGAGGAGCGCCAGCGCAUGCAGCAGCAGGUUCGGCAGGCUGAGGCUCGGCGGAAACAGGUUCGGCAAACACAGGGGGAGCAAGCGCCGGUUCGGGAGGGGUGGCGAGAGGCAGAGGAGGAGCGCAUGCCGUCCCAAGGUGGGGCCCUGGCAGUCCCUGGUGCCGCUGUUGUGGGAAAGGCUGAGGACGGAGAGAUGGGCGCGGCCAGGGCGGGAAGAGACGAGGGAGAAGCAGGGAAGGAAGGAGUGGAAGAAGUGGAAGGAGGAAGAGCAAGGAUGCAGGAGGUGGGCGAGAUCACGGGAGGCGAAGUUGCAGUGAUGGCGGAGAGUGUAGGAGGGGUGGCGGGCAGAGCGGACAGCAUGGCGGCAACAGGGGGCAGCGCAAUGAGUGCGGGGAGGGCAGGGGAAGAGGAGGAGGAAGGGGAGGGGAAGAUGCGUUUGGCAGAGGCAGGUGAGGAGGAGCGGGGCGAUGGGAGUAGGCGGAUGGCUGGUGGCGCUGCAGCUGAGGGGGCGAGACAGAGGCAUGUGGGGGAAGGGGAGCAGGAAGAGCAGGUGCAGAGGAGAACGGGCAUGACAGGGCGGCAGGUGGAGUGUGUGGGUGAUGAGAGGCGUUUGGUGGAUGGGCAUGGGCGUGCUCUUGGUACGAAGGCAGAAGACGCGGUUAAGAAAGUGGGGAUAACUAGAGAUGGUGAUGUGGAAGACUCACAGAUGGUAGAUGAAACGGUAGAUGCAACGCAUGUACAGUUACAGGCACUGACGCAUACUGAGGAGCUGACAGAUGAUAGGAACCAGACACGUGCAGGUGGAGCAGGUGAGGCAGAGGCACAAGCAGGUGCCGUUGCACAUGUACAGGUGGCACAGGCUGACGUGGCACACGCCGAGGUGGCUAAAGCUGCUGCAGAUAGGGUUAGGCAAGACGAGGGCAAGUCGGGGCCGUGUGUUGAGCUUCUGGCGAGGAAUGGAGUGCAGAGAGAGGCACUACAGGGGGAGAGAGUGGAGAGAGAGGGAGUGGAGAGGGAGGGAGUCGGGAGGGUUGAAGUGGUCAGGCAACACAAGGGACGGAUGACAGGCGAGCAGCAGCACGCAGGGGGACAGAGGCGACGAGUGAAAGCUGGACAGGCAGGGCAGCAGGCGCAUGAGGAGCAGCAGGCGAGCAGGCAGACGCCUGGGUGGAAGGAAGGGCAGGCAGGGAGGCAGGGGCGUGAGUGGAGCGGCAGAGGGUCGGCUGAGGACGGAGGCGUUGAGAGGGUUGGUGGCGGCAGUGGAAGAUUUGGGGGUGGUGAGCAAAAGGGGCCGGCGGGCAGCAGUCCGCAGCACUUGUUGACAGAUGCGCGUGCUGGUGACCCCGCUCCUGCACACACCACGGCUCACACUCCUGCACACACCACGGCUCACACUCCUGCACACACCACGGCUCACACUCCUGCACACACCACGGCUCACACUCCUGCACACACCACGGCUCACACUCCUGCACACACCACGGCUCACACUCCUGCACACACCACGGCUCACACUCCUGCACCGUCCCCUACUUGUAAUGUGUUACCAACCGCGCAGCUGCCUGCAGCGCAGCAGAUUGCUGAAACGAGUCCAGGCUUGGGCGGUGAUGCUGGUUGGAGUGAAGAGGCACGAGGGAAGGCGCAAGUAGGCGAGCUGAGAGAACAGCUGCAAGGUGGGGAGGAGACGGAGGGGACGCAGAGGCAAGAUGCGGCAGAAGGGCAGGGGGCAGAGAGGCAGCAGGUGCAGGAGACGCAGCAAGAGUAUGGAAGGCAGCAAGAGGACGAACGGAAGCAGGUGGAGCAGCGAGACAAGGGGGCUAGGGAGGUGGUGAGAGGUAAGGAGAACGAAGAGGGCCAAAAGGAAGCAAAUGCUCUGCCUGGUGAUGCAGCAGUUACAGCUGGUAAUGGGAGUGGAUUAGAAAGUGGUGUUGGUGGGGGCGGUGGGAAAAGCGAGGGGAGAAUGGAGGAGGCUAGCAGAGAAGCGCAAGCAGCAACAGGAGCAGCGGGAGUGAGUGGGAGAGGAGGGGAUGAGAGAGGAGGGAGUGAGAAGGUGCCAGAGAAAGGAGUGAGUGAGAGGAGCCGCAGGAAGAGGGUGCUUAACUCGAGGUACUAUGAGGGGGGGUUCCAAUACGAGGGUGACUAUAUCGAAGGGGAGGAGGGGCAGCCCUCUGAACCAGACAUGGACUGGCAUCCCACUGGUGCUGACGUGGCAGCAGCUGGAAGGGGAGGAGGAGGGGGAGGAGGAGGGUUGGGCGUGGGAGGUCAGAGUGGGGACUAUGCUGCCACAUUAGGAUUUACUGUGGAUGCUGACGUGGCAGGCAUGGCACGAGCCGUGAUGGCCUGGGGAAGGCAGCAGGUGGGGGAGGGCGCUUCCUCUCUGCCCGAUGCUGCCAACAUGCCUGAAUCUGCUGCUGCUCGUGUGGCUGCUGCUGCUGCUGCAGGUGGUGGUGGUGGUGGUUGGGGGGCAGAAGGGGAAGUGAGAGGAGCGGUGGGGGGGAAGGGAGCAGGCAGGGGGAGGGCAGGGGGGAGGGGAGUGGGGAAAGGGGACGGUGGUGCUGCUGUGGGGGGAAGAGCAAAGCGGGGCAGGGUGGGCGAGGGCGGCUUGGAGGCUGCUGGGGGCAGUGCAGGGGAAGAGGCGGGGGAGGGGGGUGAGCGGGGGGGAGGUGGGGAUGGUUGGGCAGGGGGGGUGGAGGAGGUAGGUGGAGUAGGAGUGAUGGCAUCACAGGUUGCUGCUGCCAAGGAGAGACCUCCAGCAAAAAAGAAGAAAUCCUCACUGUCAUCGUCGGCAGCAGCAGCACCACCGGUACCAGCAACAGCCAGCGUGACGUCCCCCCAGAGGCAGCUGCUGGCUCAGCAGCAGCAGCAGGUGCAGGUGCAGCAGCGGGGGGGCGGUGUGGCGGGUGGUGGGGGCAGAGGGAAGGGUGGCAGCAGAAAGGGCGAGGCAAGGUGGUCGCGGACGCCUGCGGGCGGAGGAGGAGGAGAAGGGGCGCAGGGAGAGGAAGGGGCGGUAGCAGCAGCAGCACAGGGGGGGACAGGAGCAGCAGCAGCGGCAGCAGGAGCAGCAGUGGGAGGGUUGGCAGGAUGGGCAGCGGCAGGAGCGGCAGGAGCGGCAGGAGCAUCACCCCCAGGCGCCACCCCACCAGGAGUCAGCCUGCUAGGGGGUGCUCUGGACGGCAAGCUGCAGGAAGCUUCCUGGAUGGAGCUCUCCAGCAUGGUCGGCCUCUCCCCUGUCCCAGCGCUCACCCCCCUGCCUCCUGCCGCCCUUGCCGACCACCCUGCCGCCCUCUCCUGUGGGCUUGCCGCCCGGGCCCUUCCAAGUGGAACCGUGGGGAAGCAACAAGGGGGGGGUUUCGUGGACACUGGGGGUGUAGGGGGUGGGGCGAGAGGAGGGGGAGAUGAGGGGUUGGGGGGGAUGGCAGGCGGGGGCGGGGAGUGGGGGGGAGGAGGGGGUAGUGGGGAGAGUGGGGACGAGGUGGGGGCUCCGAUGAGCCCCUCGGGUACACCCUUGAGUCCUCCCUCCCUGCAGCAGCAGCAGCGUCAUGGGAUGGAGAGGGGGAGUGUGGCAGCAGCUGCUGCUCCUGCAAGUGGUGGUGGGGGGGGGUCGAAGAAGGCGGGAGGAGGGCGGGCGGAGGGGGGAGGGGGGGCGCGGAGGCAUGGAACAUCUGGGCGGGCGGGGAAGAAGGCAGCUGGUUCGGGAGCAACUGGGGUGGCAGCAGCAACAGGGCCAGCAGCAGCAGGAGCAGGACUAGCAGGAGCGCCAGCAGUAGCAGCAGCGGCUGCAUUUUCUGACUUUGGAGGGGUGAGCAGUGGUGGCAGCGGGGGAGAGGGGGCGGGCGACGCGCGCAUGUACACGGCGAAUGGGGGGCUGCGGCGCAAGCACCACCGGCCGUGGACGCUGCGGGAGGUGAUGAUCCUCGUGGAUGGCGUGGCGCGGUGCGGUGGGGGCAAGUGGGCCGACAUCAAGAAGCUCGCCUUCGCCUCCAUUGGCUACCGCACUGCCGUUGACCUCAAGGACAAGUGGCGCAAUCUCCUGCGUGCAAGCAGGAUGGCGCUCCAGCCACCCAAAGAGCAGGGCGAACAGCGCAAGAAGCAGGUGUCGGCGUCCAUCCCACCCGCCGUGCUGGCGCGCGUGAGGGAGCUGGCGCAGCAGCAGGAGGCGCAGGCCCACCUCAAGCUGCACGCCACCGCUGCCGGGGGGGGUGCAGGGGGGGCAGCAGCGACGGGCGGAGGGGCAGGGGAAGGGGGAAGUGCGGGGGAAGGGGGUUCAGGGGAAGGAGGAGGGACAGGGGGAGGAGGGGGGGCAGAGAAAGGUGGGAUGACAGGGGAAGGGGCGGGAGGCAAGGAAGGGGAAGGUGAGGAACACGGGGCUGCUGCUGCUGCUGAAAGGGUUGGAGGGGUCGCGACUGAACCUCAAGCACCUCCCCCUUAUUCAUCCACACCAGCUGCAAGCACCCCUCUCAGCCCUCCUCUGCACCGCCUCACCUCCCCCCCCUUCCCCUCUGCCUUCCCCUCCACUCUCUCCCACCCCCCCUCUCCUGCCUCCGCCCUGCCAAACCUGUUUUCCGCGCCUCGCUUCGGCCCGGACCGGACGUCUGCAGAGGAGGAGCAAGGGGGGUCGGGGGGGGAGGAGCUGGCAGGUGGGGGAGAAGGAGGGGAAGAGGGCUUUGGAGAGGGAGUGGACGAGGGAGAGUUAGAGGGGGAGGGGGAGGGGGAGGUGCAGCAGGGGUGUGAGGAGGACGAGGAGCUGAUAGGGCUGGCAGAGAGCUUCAGGAGCAGCGCGGACGUUAUGGACCUGCCCUCGUGGGCUUGA